UAUCGCUGAAAAGGCCGCUGCUGAGAAGGCUGCUGCCGAGAAGUCUGCAAUUGAGAAGGCUGCUGCUGAAAAGGCCGCCACCGAAAAGGUUGCUGCUGAUAAGGCUGCUACAGAAAAGGCUGCCGCUGCUGACGCUAAGAAACAGGACAACAAGCAAAAUGAAAAGAAGCCAGCGGAAACCAAGAGUAACAAUCAAAACCAAAAAUCUAACAACAAGAAAAACAAGCGAACUCCAAAGAGUAGCGUUUCGGAAGACGACAAGACAACCGGUCCAAAAAACGUAGAAAGCAGCGAUUUUGUCUCAUCUGCUAAACCCGAGCAGAUCGUAGCAAAAUCGCUAGAGACUGCCACCGUCACCGCUGUAGCAGCAGCCUGUCCGGUUGCUGCGGUUAAGCCUGACGAAAAGAAAUCCUCCACUCCUGAAAAGACUGCUCCAGCCAAACCGGUCUCCACAGACCAGAAAAAGAGUUCCUCGCCGCCUAAAACAAAUGGAACGUCCGCCAAAUCAAAACCUCAGCCAGCAUCGACAGCUCCCGUCAAACAACAGACUCCCGAAAAGACACUUCCCAAAGCUUCCACUCCCACCAAGAAGGCCCCUUCCCCUCCAAAGACAGUUCCGUCCCGAGCGUCCCCAAAACCAAGUACUCCUCCCACAACUCCAAAACCUACAAAGAAACCUGAACUCCCUCCAAAACCUGAAUUCCUGAAAAAGAAAUCUCCAUCGGUGGAGCAGGACAAGCCGUCAUCCACGAAGCCAGUAACUCCGCCAACGACUCCAACGGAGAUAGCGACGCCACCACAGGAGGUAAACGUUAAAUUCAAUGUCGAAAAACAGCUGGCAGCUUUGAAUGCGACCGCUGCCGCUGCCAAACUGAUGCCAAAGACCCUUCCGGCCGGUACCGAAACAACCGAAGAAGACGAACUCGAGGAAGAUUUUGACGAAGAGGAAGAAUCCAUUGAGUACAAGUUUACGCCUCGUCCGGUCUUCCUAGCCACCAACUGUCAGGUUUGUAAGAGUCCUCUAAGGAACCUUGUUCAAUGCGAGAGCUGUCGAAUGGUUUCCUACUGUAAUGAAGAACAUCGACGAUCCGAUGCCGCAGGGCAUAAGGAUUUAUGUAGUGUCAUCAUGGAAAUCGCUAAGCGAAGAGGUGGACACAUCUACAACAUGGCGCACAAACUGACGGACGAGGAAUACCGUAAUCUUCGAGUGUACACCUUGAAUCAAUCGGAGCAGAUGCUGAAACGUCCACUGCAAGCGUUCGAACGUGAAGUUCUCCUAUUUCCACGGACAUGCUGUUCACCAAGCUGCCGCGAAUGGAGACAAGAUCUGCUGACGGAGUGCAAGGACUGCCGUCAGGUGUCCUAUUGCGAAGCACAUCCUGAUCAUCUGCUGCCGUCGCACGAUCAGUGGUGCAAGGCAUUCUUCCUCUUCCAGAAACUCAUCCUUCGCCAAAAGAUUCUCGGCCGCAUUGAACCGGUGCUUCCGGUUCGCAUCGUUGGUAAGUCGUUCCAACUACCACCGAACAUCGACGAAGUCAUCAAGUUUCUGUACAAAAAUUCAAGUGCAUUACGGGACGAAUGUGCCUACGCUACGUUGACACAGAUCGCCACCGCACCGCUGACGGCCUUACACGGUUACAUGCAGGCUGGUCUACGACCGUCGGAAACCUUCACCAUCCAUCUGGUCGGUGCGGAGUUGCAAUUUGAAGGUGACACCUUGGACAAGUGGGAAGCCUUCUUCCUUCACAUUGUGCCGGAGAUCACCGAACUGCGCCUCGUUUUCGUCGGACCGGAACUCAACGUCGAGAAUCUACCGAUUGACAUCAUCAGCCGCAUCCGAAUGUGUCGCUCGUGUCGACUCAGAUGUCGGGUAGUCAAGUUCGACUUCCAGUGUCGUCGAUUCUACCACGACUACCGCCAGGACCAGUGCUACUCGCAGCCCAAUCUAAUCUGUUUCUUCAACCCGGGCCUGCAUCGAUCAACCGGAUUUGGAUCGCUGGACACGUGGCCCAAAACCAUCAUAGCGGCCACGGAUGCCCACUGUCCGAUUCUGGUUACGGCCUACACCGAGUACGAGAGCCCACUGGAUCUGGCACGAUUGCAGAAAGAAGCCAAGCGUCCGCUGGAAGUAAUCCAGGAACCAACGCACAACCCGUUUGCCUCCCAACGACCAGAUCGGAACUUCAUCUCUCAAGAAAUCGAACCGAUGAUCUUCAAAAACUAUUUCUACUUCAUGGUGAAAUAGAUGCCAGUGGUGUCUGAGCUGGUCCCGAAACAUCCUCUCUGUAAUAAGAAUACCUAAAAUUGUAUUGUUUAUUUAAAUAAAUCAACGUAUUUAUCCCUGCUUUACACUCACAUGAUCACCGUAAUAAUUUGGCACAGAACAGAACACUAUUGCUGGAUUUCACCCCUCUCAACCCUACCAAACCUAAUCAACUCCUCUAUUACCUUCUCCGCAAACAUCUAGAAUGUGCCGUAUGUGCCGCAUGAAGUGCCGCGUAGUCAAGUUCGACUUCCAGUGUCGACGGUACUACCACGACUACUGCCGGGACAGCAGCUACUCCAAACCGGACCUCAUCUGCUUCUUCAACCCGGUUGUCCACACGACGGCCGGUAUCGGCGGAUUCGAUACCUGGCCGGACACCAUCAAGGCAAGCUCCGAAGCGAACUGCCCAAUAGUGGUAACUUCCUACACCGCCCUGGAUUGCCCACUGGACUUGGUACGAUUCCAGAAGGAAGCGAAACGACCCCUGCAAAUUGUUGUACCCCCUCAACUUAAUCCGUACGGAUCGAAGCGACCGGACCGGAAUUUCAUUACCGAUGACGUGGCCCCGCUGAUAUUCAAAAACUAUCACUAUUGUGUGCUGAAAUGAGCUU